AUGCAACCCACAACCAUCCUCUCUUUCUCCAUUUUCUUCGUUGUCGCCCUCGCCAACAGCCAGGAAUCCGCGCGAUCCACCGUCAGCUGUUGGGGGUCGGAGCCAUGCAAGACGGUCUCUGAUCAGCUUCCGCGAUAUCAUGAAACGCGUGGGAGUCGGAUGUACGGUGGAUCGAGUCCGUUCCCUUCCUAUAAUCGUCAGGCGGAGCUUGUCAUUCAAUUACCGAAAGAUUUCGACCCGAAGAAGUACAAGACAAAGCGCCAUUAUCUUCUCGACGAGAAGGCGUUCUCGUCCGAUCGUGGCUCGACAUUCUCGAUCCCGCGCAGCUCAUUGAUGAUCUCGGGCCGUGGGUUUGGGCCAGGAUUCUUCGACGCUCCAUCCAGCUACCGUUUGGUGAAACGCGGCGAGACGACCCAGGCGAGGGUGGGCGGUCAUCGAGCACCCACCGAAGCUGAAUUUCGAGAAUACAUGAUCAAACUCCGCGAUUUCUGGCGUACGAACGCCCCAUCGCUCGAGCGCUUCAUCAUUCCCCGGGGUUCACUGCUGAUUUCGGGCCGUGGAUUUGCCCCUGGGUUUGCUGAGCAAAGCCAGGCGGAGAUGCUUGUCAAGCGGAGCGGACAACCCGAGGAGCAAUACUCAUCUGAAGAGGACUACGGAGAGUUCCGCUAU